AAUAGGAGAAAACAAUACUGUAAUAAAUUUGAAUUUAAAUCAUAUUGAACGAAAACACAAAAUUAUAAUCUUAUCAGUGUUUAUAAAUUAGUUAUCAGUGUUUAUAAAUCAGCUUGUUCAUUGUAUUUUUGCAAAAAGGUAAAAUAACACUUUGCAAUUUAUUUUGUAAAUGAGACGUAAAAUUGUAUAUAUUUUUUAUUAUAAAAUCCUUCUUAAAUCAGAGAACAAAAGGGAAACCCGGGCGGCAUUAAAAAUGGCAGGCAAAAAAAUCGUCUCUUAAAAGAUAGAAUCUAAAUAUUAUUGAAUGGUAUAAACAGGGCAAACUGCAUUUUCGCACAAUACCUCUACUGAGUUUUAUAAUACAACAUUAGAAGAAAAAAACAUGGAUGACACUCCAUAUUUAAGGGUUUUGUGUGAUAUUUUUCCACAUCGUCGAGUAAGGGACAUUGAGAAUAUCAUCGAUAUGGUCAACGAGAAUAUAGGGGAAGGUAUAUGUGAAGUAGGAACAUUCGAAGAGAAAAUUGAGUACAUGGUUGAUUUGCUUAGCGGGGAUGGGCAAAAUUUACUAUAUGAAACAAGUUACGAUGAUCAAGAGGGUGCUGUAGGAUAUGAUUCGGGAAUUACAAAUUGGGAAGUUGUUUUGGAGACACUCAAAGAAGCCUUGCCGAAUGCGUGUCCCGAUUACCUGGCAGAAGAGGCCAAAAAGGUGGUUUUGGUAGGGAUGAGCGCUAUCGAGAAUUUCGUCGAUUCGGCCUUGGAAAAUCCCGACUACCCUACGUUAGAAGACUAUAAAAGCAAAAAAAGAGAAGAUGACCAGCUGAGCUUAUACAAAAGCGACCAACUGGACAUAGAGACAUUUUUGAAGAUCUUCCCGAGUCCAGAAGGCGUAUUUCAAGACCCAUGUCGUCCUAACCCUUUACUAGAAGACGAUGUGCCAGAAUCCGACAUACUCUGCGCCAAAACAUUCUUAUAUAACAAUUUUCCUAGUAUAAGAAAACGUCACAUCGACCUAGUUUUUGCGAUGAAAAAGAAGAACUUGUCCCAGUGCUGUGAUAUGCUCAAUAGUAUUCGUUACAAAGGUCUGAAAGUGCCCAGAUACCCCAUCGAGUUACCCGAUACCAAAAAUCUACCCUUAUUACAAGAAAUAGCCUAUUUGAGGCAUAAGAAACUGAUAAGAAUGUUUGUGAAGUACCGGGAUGUGACGUAUAGGAACUUUAAGGAAAAUGCCAAGAAACUAAAUCUGUUGGAGAAUUGUGUGAUUUGCGAUGAAGAGCUCAUCCCUGAGGAGUGUAACUACUGUCAGAAGGGAUGUGUUUUUUGUAAGGACUGUUUGUCAAAAUAUGUAGAGGUUAGAGUUUCGGAUGCCAUACUGAAGUUUCCCUGUGCCAACGACUGUGAUUCACAAUUUACGUUACACAGUAUACAGCACGUUAUGUCUGCACAAACGUUUGCAAAAGUUCUGCUCAAAAUUCAAAGUGAGGAAAUCAAAGAAGCUGAUGUAGAUGGCGUUGAAACCUGCCCGUUUUGUGAUUAUACCGCCAUUCCGCCAGAGGGCUCUAUAGUUUUCAAGUGUGAGAACGAGGACUGCCUUAAGGAAUCUUGCAGGCAAUGUAGGCAUGAGUCUCAUAUUCCGAAGAAAUGUAGCGAGAUUGAAUACGAUGAAGACGUUAGGCGUAGAACCUAUAUAGAAGAUAAGAUGACUGAAGCUUUGACAAGGACAUGUCACAAGUGUAAAAAGAAGUAUGUGAAAACUAACGGCUGCAAUAAGAUGGCUUGUACUUGCGGGGCAUUGAUGUGUUACAUUUGUUCUGCUGCUAUCAAUGGCUAUGAACAUUUUGGUGCUGGACGUUGUCCGCUGUUUACCAACGACAAUGAAAUCAAUCUGAACAGGAUCAAAAUCGGUGCAGAACAAGCAAGAAACGAGUUGGGCAAUGUUGAAAUUAAGUUCGAUCCUACCGUGGGUAUCGAUCAAUUUUACUAAAGUUUUUCGAUGAUCCUUUGCUCAACGUUAUAGAAUAAGUUUCCGGCAAUAUUUUUGAUAUUUUUUUAUAUGGAUAUUACGGUAUCUACAUUUACCUGUAUUGUAAAAUCUCAUUAUUUCAUUUACUUUAAGCUUUUUAUUUAAAUAAUAGUAUAUUAUUAUAUUAUCAACAUAAAAGUCUUUACUAUGUGAGCAAUAACUAAACAAUACAAGGCACGGCACUGUUCGGUGUAAACCGGUAACAAUUUAGUUUCUGGUGUUGUUGGUCUUUGUAUCCUUUUAGUUAUUGGUCCCUGACAGUGACAGUUCGGUCUGUCAUUUAUUGAAUGUCAAAAUCGCGGGACUGUCGGUAUGUUAAGUUGCAUAUGUUAUGUAACAUCUUGUUUGUUAUAUAUUUUGUAACAUGGGUUGUUAAUUAAAAAAAUGUAUUUACGUACAUAACAAAAAAAAACGAAAAUAAAGGCAAACAUU